UUGACCGUACAUACAAGUUUUUCAGCACCACGCGCGGUGGACAGCGGCAUGGAGCCCUUCACGGUCCCCGGAUCUCAGAUAUCCCUGUCCGAUCUUUACUCGGUUAUCCCCUUUAACGUGACCCUACCCGACCAGGAUGGCGACCUGGUGGUGGACAGACUUCAGAAUUGCACCAAGCAGGAAAGUCCGGUGAGGAGUACCCAGGGAAUGGUCAUCGCCGUGUCCAUCACCGCGCUCUACUCCGUCAUCUGCGUGGUGGGACUUCUGGGCAACGUCCUCGUAAUGUACGGGGUUGUGAGAUACACCAAGAUGAAGACAGCUACAAACAUCUACAUCUUUAACUUGGCUCUUGCCGAUGCCCUGGCCACGAGCACGCUUCCUUUCCAGAGUGCCAAAUACCUCAUGAACAACUGGCCUUUUGGGGAGGUUCUGUGCAAGCUCAUCCUCGCCAUUGACUACUACAAUAUGUUCACAAGUAUCUUCACCCUCACUAUGAUGAGUGUGGACCGCUACAUUGCCGUGUGCCAUCCGGUCAAGGCGCUGGGAUUUCGGACGCCACUAAACGCGAAGAUAAUCAACAUCCUAAUCUGGGCCUUGUCUUCUGCAAUUGGAGUUCCAAUUAUGGUCAUGGCUGUGACCAAAGUGACAGAUAGUGGUAAAACAACCUGCACGCUGAGGUUUCCUCAUCCCGACUGGUACUGGGACACCGUCACAAAGAUCUGCGUUUUCAUUUUUGCGUUCGUGGUCCCUGUUAUGGUCAUCACCAUAUGUUAUGGCCUGAUGAUUCAGCGCCUGAGGAGUGUCCGUCUGCUCUCGGGCUCCAAGGAGAAAGACCGCAACAUGCGUCGUAUCACCCGCAUGGUCCUGGUGGUGGUGGCAGCCUUCAUCAUAUGCUGGACCCCCAUACACAUCUUCAUCAUUGUGAGGACCAUGGUGGAUAUUGACACCAGGAAUCCCUUUGUGAUUGCGAGCUGGCACCUGUGCAUUGCCUUGGGCUACACCAACAGCAGCCUAAACCCGGUCCUCUAUGCUUUUCUGGAUGAAAAUAUCAAGAGAUGCUUCAAAGACUUCUGCCUUCCCUGUCAGACCCGCAUGGACCAAAGGAGUCAAAUCAGCGGUCGCAACACCACCAGGGAACCCGUGUCAGUCUGCGCCCCACCAGAAACAGGCAAGCAGCCCGCAUGACUAGGCAUGGAUAGAGUCCCUAGCAGCUCUCGCUCGAACAGAAUUCAUCGAGAUCCGCAGUCGGAGACUACUCUGAUUACAACCACAGAGUUUUGAGAAAUCUUUGGAGGAAAAGCUUCAACAUUUUCAAAAUGCUAAUUUUUUGGGACAUAUUGUUAAGACAAACGAUUUACCAGUGUUACUCUUUCAUUAUAGAGAAGAUGAGUUCUUCAUGAAAAACUUAAACACCAUUCCGUUUUCUAGCAGAUGAGACUUUUUAUGAGAAGAUGGACCCACAUCAGCUUCACAGCAACUUUAUUUUUUAUCUAAACCAAAACAGAUGGACUGUACAGAUCAAAACCACACAAGCUAUACCCACCACCAGCUGGAUGAUGAUUGAGAUAUCUCUGAGGAAAGUGUACAUUUCUAAAAUUAGAAUUAAGGACGUAGAUUCAAACUUGGAUUAAAAGUGCUCAUCACAAAGGUUUUGAACUUGCAACACUACCUAGCUUUGCCAACGUGCUUUAGAUGGAACAAAGAGGGAAGAACAGCAGCACAAUGCUGUUGGGAUUUCUAUGGGCUGGUUGUAUGUGGUGUUGGUCCUGUGGAGAGUGACUGUCAAGAAAGAACAAAUGUCAAUGUCAAGAAAUGCGAAUUUGUAGAUAUUAUAAGGCUUUUGCAUAUGAGCAAAUCUGGCUAAAGUCACAGUGAAAAUUAUCAUGGUGUCUGUAUUCAUGGUGCUUUUUUCCAUCUCUGGAUGUUGAUAUCUUGUCUUCACGCUCAUUGCAUGUGGUUUAACAAGUUUAUGAAAAAACAAAAAAACUAGAUGUCAGCACUUGGAAUUGGAUUACUUUUUUGGAUCCAUAUUUGGAAAAUUACUGUCGACUUCCCCGCAGAGGCUGGAAUGGAGACAGUGAAUCCUGUCUUGACUGUGCACAGCAGGAUGUCGGCAUAUUUUGUUCAAAUGACUUUGUGAAUGUAAAGCGAAGCCUAUAUAAUCUCAGAUGCUUUGCUCUGAGAAAGCAUUGUCUUUCCAGAGCAUAUGCUUAUGUUAUUUUUCAAAUUCAAUGUAUUUCAGGACUGCAUGUACAGGGAUAGGUUUGCAAAUUAGAAUGGCACAGAUGUGC